AUGGCAUUGACGGCAGCGUCAUGGGAUGGAGGAGGAGCCAACAGGGGUGGCUACGACUACUGCUGGGUCAUGGAGCAGGUCAGGACAAUCGAGGCGGCCAUGAGCCGGGACAAGAAGCUGCUCAGGAAGCUGAACAAGGAGGUGGCGGAGCUGAAGCGCGAGGUCCAGCGCUACAAGGAGCACCUCGACGCCAUGCAGCAGAUGAACAAGGGAAGGAUGAUACUGGCCAUGGUGGCCGAGCUGUUCCCGGUCCCGGACAGCAUCAGGACCACGCUCACCCGCCUUAUCGACCUAAUAUAA